AAAAAAGGAAGAACGGUAACUCUAAUAAAUGUUUUUUAUUUGUAAAACAAAAUUAUGCUUUCCACCUUCUUUCUAGAUUACUAGAUCUACAAUCUAGGAUUUUGUUACACUAGUCUCUGUGACUGACAAUAAUAUGACUGAUAUUAAAGUUAACUCCCUUUGGGCCCUCCUAGGGUUUCCAAUAGGUCUUGUAUCGCUCCUGUUCUACUUGUAUAGCAGAUGGAGGAAAGAAGAAGUGAGGGAUAAAGUUGUCUUAAUAACAGGAGCCUCUUCUGGCUUGGGAGAAGCAUGUGCAGAAGUAUUCUAUGACUCAGGCUGCAAGCUGAUCCUGACUGGAAGGCAAGUCACAAAGCUAAUGGACCUGAAAGAUCGACUUUUAAAAAAAAAGAAACCAGGAUGUCACAAUCCAGCCAUCAUAAGCAUUGACCUGGAGAAUUUACCCAGCAUUCCAGGGAAAGUCAACCAGGCAAUUGCAGCCUUUGGCCAGGUAGAUAUCCUUAUAAACAAUGCUGGCAUGAGCUACAGAGGGGAAGCCAUCCAGACAAAGAUUGAUGUGGAUAUGAAGUUAAUGAAUGUUAAUUUUUUUGGUCAUGUGGAAAUUACCAAAGCCAUUGUACCUCAUAUGAUUCAGAAAAAUGGUGGACACAUUGUUACAAUCAGCAGUAUUCAAGGAAGAAUAGCCAUUCCUUUCCGAUCUGCAUAUGCUGCCUCCAAACAUGCCCUACAAGCUUACUUUGACAGUCUGAGAGCCGAACUCCAUCAACAUAACAUAAAUGUCUGCGUCGUCAGCCCUCACUAUAUCAAUACCAAUUUAUCUUUGAAUGCAAUCACUGGGGAUGGAUCACCAUAUGGAAAGAUGGAUCAGACCACUGCAAAUGGCUUGAAGCCUGAGUUUGUUGCCAAACAGAUUUUGGAUUGUGUUGUCCACAGAACAUCCGAACUGACUAUAGCACCUUUGUUUGUAAGAAUGGCCAUAGGUCUUAGAGCUCUUGCCCCAUGGAUAUACUUCAGACUGAUGGAAAGGAGGGCAGAGAAGGAGAGGAAAAAUAAAUAAACUAUAACUGAAAUUAAUACACUUUUAAUAUUUCUUUAUGUAUUAAAAUGCUCUCUGGAUUUGUCUUCUUCUUCUUCUAGCCAGCUUUUUGCUGCUGAGCUGUGAGCUCUUUUGCAGACUGUGCCAAGGAAAAAAUAGUGUGCUGUUCUCUUCAGUUGUUCAGCACUGCCAUACAGGGUGUUGGUUAUGUUGGGCUGUAGUGGUAGUAGGGUCUGCCUAAGAUGGAUUAGGAAGGGGCCUUCAAAGAGGAUAUGGUUUACAGUUUCAUAAGGGUGGGUGCAGUGUCUAUAAAGGGGGAGUUGUGUGGGAUUUAUUUUGUUAAGAUGGUAAUUUAACACAGGUGUGUGUCCUCGCCUCUAGAUUUGACAAUCACACAGCGUUCAUCCUUCUAACUAACCUUGUGUUUAAAAAUUCUUUGAUUCAAUUAAAACAUUAUAAGUUAACAUUUUGUAUGGCAUCCUUGAAAUAUAUGACUUAUUAAUUUGAUGUGAUAUGUCAUUGCUAAUUGAUUUUCAAUUAUUAAAUGUAUUAGGUGACAAAAUUAAUAAAAUCCUGGAUAGUUAAAUAGUUCAAUAUUUAACUGUUUGAAAUGAUGCUUCUACAUUAUGAAGUAUUUAUUACACAUUAGAAUAUUUUAAUUAAUCCAGAUUUUCAUGUGUGUGUGUGUGAAUUUUGCUCAAAUUGAUGCAGGGUUACUAGAAAUAAUCAUGACUAUUGAAUAAUUGAUUUAAAGUGUGCCAGUGUUGUUUUUUUAGGAAUCCAAUUGUGAAAUGUCAUUAAUUGUUAAAUGAAUAGUAGACAAUAAUGUCUUAUUUUGAAUUAGUAUUUAGAUAAUGCUGUGAAUGUUGUGAAAUUAUUAUUUUUUUAAAUUUUGAAAAUACCUAUGCAAGGGCAUCUACAUCUUUACAGUAAAGUAGACCUGUUCAUGAUAAAAUCACUCAUUACAUUCCUGACUUGAGCUAGUACUGUAUUGUAUAACUUACUAUGUAAAUAUAUUUUUAAAACAAUUUAUUUUAUAUACAAUUGAAAUCCAGCUCAUCAGAUAUGGUACAUCACUCCUGUAAAGAUCAAUUUUUUUUAAAUUACUGCUAAAAAUAUGCUUCUUAAUAGAAUAAGAUGUGUGCAAUUUGUUUUCUUUUAAAACUGUAUGAUAUGCAUACAACUUUUUGCAUAUGUGAUUAUUAGUAUAAUAUAUCACCUGAUUGCUAGACUUGAUCUCGUAUGUAAUUUGUUCAUGAUGUUAUACAUUUUACUGUCAAUCAAAUAAGGCAGAAAAUUACACAAUAUUUAAGUAAUUUUUUGCACUUCCUUUUUAAAUAAAAUAACCUGUUUCAUGUUC